CUUUUUGUGUUCUAUGUGGCUUGUUUUGAAUAGUGGAAAGAUCAAAUAUUGCAAUUGCUGCCUUUGAGACAUUUGGGAGAACAUUCUUUUUGUGAAUACAAGAUGGAUGCUUGCCUGGUGUGUGUAGUAAUAUCGUAAUUUCUGGUAGUCAUGUUGGGAUUAAGGAUCAGUGAGAAGUUAACCAUAUCACAAAGCUACUGCAAGCACCGAUGACCAAUUGAAUUUGAAUGCAACUGUUUGAGAGUAGACGCAUUUGACUUUGUGGUGGGUAGGUAUCAGUUUAUGCUGGAUAUAGUUUAUUGGAUUUUGUGAGAAGUCAAGAUCAGAAGUGAUUCCUCUAUAGUUAUCAGAAAUUUUUCAGUUUGAAACAAGGUUCAAUCUGUUAUCCAUAGUAACGAAGAGAAAAUCAUGAUGGAAAGAGAUACAAACCGACCUCGAGGUUUUGGGUUUAUUACAUUUGGGGAUCGGCGAGCAAUGGAAGAUGCAAUCCGGGAGAUGCAUGGGCGGGAGCUUGGUGAUCGCAUAAUCUCUGUGAACAAAGCUCAACCCAAAAUGGGAGGGGGAGGAGCAGGAGAGGAUUCUGACCAUGGCUAUAGAAGCGGUGGUUACUCGUCUGGUGGCAGGAGAAACUAUGGGGGAGGAGAUAGACCUGUUGGACAAGAUGAAUGCUUCAAGUGUGGGCGACCAGGACAUUGGGCCCGAGAUUGCCCUUCAGCAAGUGGUGGAAGAGGUGGUGGAGGUUCAUUUUCAUCACAUUCUAGGUUUGGGGCUGGUGGCCGUGGGGAUCGUUUUGGUGGAGACCGCGGUCGCUACAUGGAUGAUCGUUAUGAUGGAGGGCGCUAUGGAGACAGGGACCGUUUUGACAGCAGAGAUGACAAAUAUGGGAGCCGUGAUCGCUAUGUUAGUGACAGGUACCCAGCUGGUGAUCGUUUUGCAAGUGACAGGUACGGUGGUUCUGAUCGUUACCCUCAGAAUGGUUAUGGCAAAGAUAGAGGCUAUGAUAGGGACGGUGGCCCAAGAGGAGGCGACAGAUAUGCUAGUGGAGGGCCUGCGAGAGACGACAAUUACAGAAGCAGGCCAGGUCCUUAUGACCGCCCUAGCAGGGGAGGGCGCCCAUCGUCAUUUGACCGUUACUAAAGUGCUGCCGUUGGGUGGCUCGGCUGUUUUUAUGAAACUUGUAGCUGUUUAUACUCUUUUAGGUUCUUGAUGUGGGACGUUGAGAUUGCAAUUUUAAUGUAGGAUUGAUGGAUGAUAUGCAUUUUAAUUCAGUAUUUUCCUGUUCCAUAAUA